AUGGCUACAAGACGAAAAGUAUUCACCACUUUUUCGGAAGAUCCCUGUCGCUGUUUCCCCAAAAACCGCUGGUCCGACUGGUGCGAGGCUCAGGACAGGGCCACUAGCAGGCCGGCAAAUUGGGCGCUCGGGCCACCGAACUCAGCAAAAAUUCGAUCACCCUCUAGGCCCCUGCAAUGGGAUUGUGUCAAUUUUCGGUGUUGGGGAAGGGACCUGCAGGGAUGUGUUCUAGGGUACUUCCACGGCGGGAGUUACUGUUUGAGUCUACGCACACGUCACCAGGGUCAGGUCGACUUUGGAUACAACGGAGUACUACAAAGAACAGACAUCAGUGUGGGGAAGCUACCGUGCUAUCGGACAGCACACGACCUCCAGGGCAUCCCGUUAUUCGGUAUCAUGGACAGCUGCACUGGAUGAGCCGAUGGUCAAGGACAUGGGCAAGUCUGGAACGAGAAAGGUAGGCAGGCGACGAAAAAAAACAUAUUAAAGAAGAAAAGAGGAAGAGAAGGCGCAUAGGCGCUAGAACAGCCACAGACGCCUGUUCUCUUGUGUAAGUGGUGAGACUUACUUCGUACUUGUCACUCUGAGGCCGGUGAAAUUGGAUUCCGCCUCGACAGCGCUAACCGCUCGAGACAUGGACUAAACCCAAUGUACCAUGUUACUCUGGCAAUCGCUAUAUUUACAUGCUUAAGCAAGGGACGAGCCCG